UUCUUGUUAAAAAAUCAUUAUAAUUGUAUUAAUACGUAAAUAUAUUUAAUAGUGGAUAUAAUUAAUAGUGACCAAAUUAUAUUGAUUAACGCCACUUGUACCGGUGCGAAUACAAAUCACGCUCAACUUAUUAAUAGUGUACAGGUCAAUGGAAUUAUGUAUACAUCAAGUUUGUCAUUAACUUGAGAUCCAAUCGCCACAAUUACCGAUGUCGUACAACUAGAAAUGGAUAUAGAUCACACGUUAGUAAUAUUUUUAAUUUUGCAUCACCUUCGAGAAAAUUGCACUAUAUUUAGUACGCUGUCUAGUAAGUAAAUAAAUAAUCUAACCAUUGUUGCAUAUAUGUCUAAAUAAAAUACAACUAAAGUAGAAAUUAUUUAAUACUUUUGUAGCGCUUUUCCAAGUCGGUAAUAUCUUUUUAGCAACAAAGUUUUUAUUUCACAUAUUUUACCGAAGCGAUCAAUAUUACUGAAGCAACGUAAAAAUGGUUGUAAUUAUCAUCAUCAUAAGACGGUAAUUUAUUUCUAUCUAUUUAUUAUUUACUUCGAAUCUCAAUUCUUAUUAAUGAAUGAGCGAAUAAUCAUCUCGUAGUGAAGGUAAACUUAUGCCCGAAAACGAAACCACAGAACAGCGAAACGCAAUUUCAAAGCGCUCGCCCAGGCUACUGUUCUUGGAAUCAGCUUACUCUGUUUUUUACAACAGAAUAUCGAGGUAAAGAGAGAAAAGGAAAAAACUGAAAUAUAAUUUUCUCUUCUACGUAAUUAAUAUAAUCAACUUAAUUGUGUUUCUCUUUGCCGCGUGCAACUAUUCUACGCUCGAGUAUGUAUAUGCUACCUGUGAAAUGAACUUUCCUAAUCAAGUACAUGUCGCGUGCUUAAACUAUAUUAUGACUAUAACUAUAUUAUACUAUAAUAUAUAUACUAUAACCUAUAACUAUAUUAUAUUAUAAUAUAUACUAUAAUUAUAACUGUACUAAUUAUACUACAAUAUAUAUACUAUAACUAUAACUAUAGAUAUACCGUUAGUUGUAAUUUCUUUCUCUUGGUAAAAAUCAGAUGAAUGUUUGAUUAUAAUUAAUAUUUUAAUGGGAGGUUUUCAAACUUCAGCCGUGAUGGAAAAACAUGCUUUGACAGGAGAUUCUCGGACUUCAAUGGAAAUGGAUUUCACCAGUUUCUAAUGAGCUCUCAAUGUAUUUUCUGUAACAGGCUUUGAGUUUCAAACAUGGCUCUGCAUCUGGAUUACGAAUAAUCGAAUAAACCAAGGAAGGUGGGUAUUUAAAUUUUCUCUUUUUACUCGCAUUGCAAUGAUGAUCUCGGUAAAUGAUCUCUAUAUGAAUUAGUUUCUGCUAUUUUCUGUAUCAUUAAGAUCAUAGAUUUUUUCAACAUUUAUUGAAAAUAACUUCCAAACGAACAAAUAGCAGGCAAUGAAAAAGUUCCAAUAAAAUUCUAAUAAAAUUCAACAAUACGCUAUAGUAAAUAUCGGGAUUUUAAUUUGUAAAAUAAAUACGGAACUUUUAUAUCCGAAAAGUUUACUUAGGCCAUAUGAUGUAUUGAUAUGAUACAAUACAAUAAAUUUUUGUAAAUAUUUAUAUAAUAAACAGUUUUUGCUUAUUAUAGAGUAAUUGUUAUAUAUAAUAAUAAAUUUUUAUAUAAUAAACAAAAUUUAAUAUGAGCUAAUAAACAAAACAAAAUUGGGACAUGUUGCACCGAGCUACGCAAUAUUGCAAUCCUUUUCCUCUUUUGAUGUUAUUUUCGCUCGAUCGACGUGCGCCAGGACCUUCCUGGCGGGGACAAACCAACUGACCAAUUAAAUUGAAUCGCAUAGCUGGUGCGAUUAACUUUAUUGAAAACUAAUAGAGACCAAAGAAGCGUAGAACAGUUUAUUGGAAAAACAAGGAAAAUGUCAUGAAAAUUUCUAGAAAUUUGCGAUCUUCACACGCGAAUCGGAACUUUCAGAUAAGUUACGUUUGAUUAAGGAUCAAUUUACACCAUACGGACCCACGUAACUGCAACGUAAUAUACGAGCAUCCGCACGACAGGAUAUUGAAACGUACGUUUUAAAUGGAACCGUUCGCGUUAUCCGAAAACAAGGAUCAUAGCAAAUCAUAAAGAACAGAAGAGAAAGAUAAAAAGCUCGGAGUAAGUGACGUAAAGGGAACGGGAUAUGGAAAAACAUGAUAGGAAGGAAAGGUCAGUUUUUGUUUUGAUCGAGAAAAGCUGGCCACCCACUUCCGAUCUCGCGUAUCUUCCCCUUCAUAACAGGUGUUAGCCCCCCUCUACCACUGGUUGCUCCUUUAAACACUAAUGCAACACUGGGAUGUGGCAUGGGGUAGUAUCUCGCACACGAUAGGUAGAAACUAGAACCCCCCACUCGUAGACUAUGAGAUAAGCAAAACAGGGUGCCUCUGCGCCUGCGGUACUCCUGGCGAACGUUUAUAUGUUACCUCCACCCUCUUGCCAACUAAAUCAGAGAUCAGUGAAGUCGUCGUCGUGAUUACUUGGAGGACACACAUAUCGUUUCCUCUACUUUCCCAAUCUUGAAAUUUUAUGAUAUUUACGUAAAGCAAAUAUCAUUUGCAGUUAUUUGAAGAGACUUUGUAUUUUGCGAUAUACAUACGUUGGAGAACAAGGAAGCUUUAUCGGUCAACGUGGUCAAAAAUUUCGUUGAUUUCAAUCUUCGUCAAAAGAAUAAUGGAGUCUACAACUCAGUUCAGGACCUACAACAAAGAAAUCUUACGUCUGGUCAUGAUCGAACAAUUAUCAAUAGUCGUAAUCCACAUGUGCUUUGAAAAUGGUGACGUGACAAUUAAAUCCACCACAACUGUCAAGUUUCGCAAAAUAUGUCACGAAGAAAACCAACUUCUGCAUCUGGUCGGUCAUUUAAUCCCUCCAGACGAAAUUCUCAUUCCUUUUACAAAACGCUUUUCUGAAUUCUUAAACAUCGAUGUCCAUUCCGUUACCGAAAGUAUAGACAACAUCUUCAGCUCAACUUGUGACAUUGUUCUGGACUUUGACUUACAAAAAUUGACACAGCUGUCCAAGAAACGAGAUGCUACGAUUAAAGAUAUAAUAACAGAGAUGUUCUGGCUACCAAAAAUGAACAGUAAAUUGGGAAACGGAAGUUGGUUCGACUCAGUCGAUCGAGGACAUGUAGUUCCUUUUUACAUGACUUGUUGCGAUGAAUUAAGCGAUUUUAUUGGAGAUUAUUUAAAUUACUUUCGCGUAAUUGAACAAUCAAGCAAAAAAAUAAUAAAGUGGUAUUUUCUAGAUAUUAAUAUCUUUCUUACGCAAGACACUGAUUUGUUAUAUAAGAAAAUGGAACAAGAGAAAAGGAACAAGCAAACGCGAAACCUUACUAUAUUGAAAAAGAUAAACCGCGAUACGACACAUCAUAUGGUUCACGUGAUUCGUUAUUACUCUAAAGAAUGCAAAUUGGAAGAUGAUAGUAUUGUCGAUUUACUUAGAAAUCCUUUCUUACCGACCGACCGACUUCCCUUUAUCACGCAGAGCUAUGAUCCACGAAUUUCGAAAUACGUGUUUCAUAUGGUAUAUAAGGAUAAUAUCGAAAUAACUAAUGAGAAUUUCUUUAACCUGUUGUCUAUGCUACGAGAAAUUUUGUUGAAACUGAAUAUUGGCUCCAUCGUGAUACAGAAUUGCGACUUUUUCAACUUGCAGAAUGUUUUAAAUAUGAUCGAGUACAUUCUGUGUAAAGAGGAUAUCGCUGUGACGAUCGCAGGAAUGUAGAAUUGUCGAUCGUGCCUCGGUAAAUGAUCAAUUUUCUUUUGCAAGAAUCAAGAAUGAUUUAGAGUUUUGAUUAAUGUGAUUUUGAUUAAGAAUCCGCCUCCACGUUACAAAAACGAUUCUUAAUCGUGGUAUAAAGCUUUAAAUCGGGAUAAGUUUAAUGAAGAAUUAGUCACUUAAUUAUUUUUUAACUAAGUUUUAUACUACUUUUACUUUGAUAUUAUUAUAUUUUAAUCUUAAAUAUCACAUAUAGACGCAGAAAUAUAAUAGAAAGAAUUACUUUAUUUGUCUAGACGGAUUCCUAGAACAUUCUGCUUCUUACAAAUUUCUCAAUUUCAGUACCAACGUACAUAUAUCAUUAAUGCUUAACAUUUUAUAUAGGAAAUUAUCUGGUUAGCUUGAAUUCUAUGUGAUUCAAUUAUUAUCAAAAAGGAAUCCUUUCCUUUGUAGAUCAAUGAAAUCUUAUAUGUAAACAAUAAAUCACAGGCAUAUACGUGCCCAUAGCAAUAUGUGUACCUGAGAAAUGUGUCUAAUCUAAAUGUCAGUUAAAAUACAAGUGCUAGACUUGUUAACAAAUUUCUGUGUACAUGUCAAAUGAUGUGAUAAUUGUAUAUUGUAAUGUAUAUCGUGUAACUGAAAUUUAAGGAAAUUGAAAACAAUUCGACUAACUCUAUUAUGAUGUUUGCUAAUGUAUUAUCAUAUCUCUAUAUGAAAGUAUUUUCACUAAAAGAAUGCUAUUUUUUGAGAAAGCGAAUUUGUACUGUGAUGUGAUAUCGAUGUAAGAAUUGAACAAGGAUCGGAAUUAGCUCUUUCCCAGUUUACUUUGUUUUUGACAAAAAUGAAAGCUAACACAGCUAACACAAUGAUAAUCAUAGCUAAUACAAAGAGCUCGUAUUCCCUGAAAUAUUUAUAAUUAUAAUUUUACAUUCAUAAUGAUAUAAUUGUACGUUUUAUAAUAUUUCUCAUAUUUUCUGAACUUUUUAAAUUGUAAAGAUAUUUUCAUACUACGUAUUUUGAUAGUCAAAUAUAUUGGCGAAAAUUUCUCUUAGUAUUGCAAAAAUCGUGGAAGGGAUUAACUCGUAUAGUUUUUUAAAUAUUUUACAAAGAGUACUAACCUUAGAAGAAAAAAGUAGGCAAGAAGAAAGAUAUAUAUUUUUCAUAUUGUGAACGUUUUAGACUCUUUAAGAGAAGACUAUUCCGUUCGAAAUAUGAUUAUAUACAGCAGUAAUAGAAUCUCUUAAGUGAUGAAGUAAUAUCUUUGCAAAAAACUAAAAAUAAAUCAGAACAAAUCGUCUAUCUUGGAUCAAUAAAAUUGAUAGAACAUCAUAUUCAAUUUCCUGAGUGUUAAAUGUUGCUGAACUAGAGUUACAGCUGAUGCACAUGAGCGAUGCGACAUCGUUGUGGUGUCGUUGUACGAUUGUCACCGAUGGACAAUGCGAUGUCGCUCUUGUGCAUUGCACGAUUAAGGAUAGGUAUAUGCACAUGUAUGUGUUACGUGCCGAAUCGCAUGGUGACAUCGCGUCGCUUGUGUGCAUCGGGUCUCAAGUAUCGUUUUUAUGUAAAUUUCAGAUCUUCUCUUACGAUAAAUCGUCUCAAACCGAUGAAUAUUAAUUAUCAAUCAAUGGAUGUUGUUAUAAUUAUUACACAUAUGUGAUGAUUAAAAUUGUAUUCGAUAAAUGUAAUCAAUAAAGACUGUUUCUUCAAUCGCAUGAAAUGAUUUUAUUAUAUCCACCUGAUCGAUUAUUCCAUUUCCUGGAGGCUUCAUUUUAACGAGUUAAUUUAUUCUCCUGUAUACAUAUAUUAUGUUUUCUCAUUUUCAAAUGUAUUCUCUAUUUAUGUUAGAGAUUAAGUUUCAUAAAAAUUGAAAAAUGUUCUGUAAUUGUAACAGAAAUUAAUUCCAAUAGAAAUUCAAAUAGAAUUUAUUCCUGAUGAAAAAAGUUCGUUGUUAAACAAUUCGUAAAGCAGUAGCAAAAGUUGAUUUAUUCUUCUUCUCUAAAAAAAUUCAAGACGAAGGGGAAGCAAACGCGUAACGGAGAAAAUUGAACGAGUACCAGUAACAACGCGUUAUCAAAGAAGCGACACCAUCAACUAAUUAAACGUGGCCCGUUUGCACCUUGAGAUCCAAUCGCGUUUAGCUGUCAACUACACAACUGUACACACGCUUGUACUUUGAAGUUCACGCGUAAUUUGCGCGCAACAAAGGAUUAAACACAUAUAUAUAUAUAUAUAUAUAUAUAUAUAUA